CGGCUUCCCUAGUUGUGCCAAACUAGCUUGUGGCUAGUAGCGAUUAGCUACCUUCCACAGCCAACCAGUUGGUCAGAGGAGCGUCAAGACAGCGACGUUUGUCAACGACCAAGUAAAGUUGGAGAAUAUGGUUGUGAAUCUCUGUCUGCCACACUUUUGUACAACAGUUCAUUGCAACAAGCUGUGUGCAGAUGGCUAUGAUGUCACAAACCUUGUGUCAGCUGACCCCGCUCUCCGGAGGCGGGGCUUCAAGCUGGAGUACUUCCUACGUCCGCCUGUACAGGUGACGUUGAAGUUUGGCUUCCAGGUGGAGCUUUGCAGGGUGGAUGUGGAGCUGUGGUCCUGGGGUAUGGACCGAGGACAGGCCUGCAAGAGACUGGAGAUCAGCACCAGCGCUGAUCGGCCACCCUCACAGAAUUGUGGUCUAGGCCACAAACGGGUUCACCAAAUGGAACAGAUGCAGGUAAAGGACCACAAUGAACAGAGCAGAGAAAAACAACAAGAGCGUAACAGUAAAUCUUGUAAUGGCCGCCAGUGGAGUCUUCAGGCCCAGCAAUGGGGUGAACAGGCUCUAGAUGAGCCUCCACGAAGGGACUGUGUGUUCAAGUGUCAGUCAAACACUGAACCCGGUAAUCCUGAACCAGAGUUUAAACUGGUGGGUCGUUGCGAACUGAAGGAGGAAACCCAAGUCUGUUUCACUCGUUCAAACUUUAAUCCCCGGCCCCCGCUCCUCUCCCCACUUCCUCCGCAACCUGCGAACUGUCGGCAAGAGGAGCUCUGGAGCCGGGGUCUGCUCUCGUUAGGCGCUGUGACACAACUACGUGUGACUCUGCCAUUUGGCGGUGCAGCGUCUGCUCUGGGGCUCAAGGCUUUGGCUGUGUGGGGACAACCUGCUCGCUGCUGCCCAGCAGAAGAAGUGGAGAGGAUUAAAAGAGUCCAUGAGGCCAGUGAAAGACGGCUGCAACGGCCUGCAUUUUUUGCCCCUUCUGUAAGCCUGACAGAUCCACCACUGCAAGCAGCCACAUCUCCAAGCAAUCUUUCCAUCCCAGAAGAGUUCCUUGACCCGAUAACCCAGGAGGUAAUGAUGCUUCCCAUGCUGCUGCCCAGUGGGGUGUCAGUCGACAACACCACACUGGAGGAGUACCAGAAGAGGGAAGCCACUUGGGGUCGACCCCUUAAUGACCCCUUCACUGGCGUCCCGUUUACUUCGAAGUCCCAACCUCUUCCUAACCCCCAACUGAAAUGCCGCAUUGACCACUUCCUUCUGCAGAAAGGGAUGAUAAAGAGGGAUGGUAUGUUGGGGAGACAAGGGGAGGGUGAGAAUCCACAGGCCUCAAGACUUAUUUCCUCCAAGGUAGAUGGGCAGUCCCAGGACUCUGCAUGUCUCAGUAAAACCUCAAUAAACAACACUGUUAUUCAGUCUGAGGCUGGCAACAGAAACAGAGAAAGGACUACACAAAUAGAAGACACUGGUUUAGGACAUUCAUCAGAUAAUGGGACUCGCAUAUCUCACUCCCAGCCUCCAACUAAGGAUAAUAAAUCACAGUUAGAGAGAAGAAAGAAACGAGAUCUCAGUGGAAUUUCCGAAGAAUCAACACAAGAGUUGACAGCUGAGAAGCAACUACCUCUAACAAAAAGACCAAGAAAUGAUGCGUUUCCAGUCCCCGGCUGCAGCUCUCAUGAGCAGCGUUUGUCUGCCAGCCUGGAUGAGGCCCUCUUCUCCGCCCUGCAGGGCCGACCCUCCUUCACCUCCAACUUGUCCCAGCAGAGAUGGGUUGUCCCUGACUCUGAAUCACUGAACACCUCGCAGCACCGUCAGACUGCAGGCCCUCCAAGCAUGCCAACAGGUGAGAAGACAUGCUCUGCAUGCUCCUGUUCGGUCUCUGCUUACUCGAAAUCUGCAUCGUCCAUCUACCGUCUAACCUGCGGCCACUUGCUCUGCCAUUCCUGCCUUCGGAGGGAAUCGCAACCACUGCACUCUGUCACUAUGGCAACAUCCAAUCACAUCUUGUGUGCCACCUGCCAAAGCCCUACCCCACGCAGUGACAUCAUACGUGUGCAUCACUGACAAAUGCUGUAAAAGGCAAACCUGUGAGUUCAAAGCCUGUGAAUACUCGAGGAGGACUGUUGGUGAUGAAGGUGAAGACGGGACUGUACACCAGAUGUGGAAUUUCAGUGUUGUGGCCAUGUUGAACUGAAAGUGUGGGGGGAAAAAAAGAACAUUUAUAGCUGAAAGUAACAGAUCCUAGAUUGUUUAAUUGGUUUGACUCUACCUCCAUCCUCCUCUUUGAUAAACGUGUCAUAAUGUAUGUCUGAUGGUUGUUGGAUUAUAUAAACUGCUGAGCAGAUAAAUUCUUUCUAAACAAUCCC